CUUGAAUAUCCGAUAACUCAACAGUAUAUCUCAUCUAAAAAACUUUCUUGGUUAGUAGUAUCAUUUUAGAAAAUCGGUAUGCCCAAAGAAAAUUUAACACUCUAUAAUCGUACAAAUAACGACCAAAAGAAAAUUUAACGCGACUAUUCGUUUUGUAAAAUGAUUAUAGUUCGCCCGUCCAAUAAUUAUUAUCUUCGCCUUUCCAUCAUUACAGGAAACUAAGCAAGCAGAAUUAUACAGUUCAAGAUUAUCGUUUAUUUUGACCAAUGAAUACCAAAAACAGCAUUAAAUCAAAGCUUAAAAAAGAGGCUAUGAUUUAUUAUGUUCAAUCUUGUACGAAACAGCAUCUUUGUGAGAUAGUAGGAACGGUAAACGAAGAGCAACUUCAAAAUAUUAACAAAUGUCACAUUUUCACAAAUAUAGAUGUGAUAAAGACAGCAUUAUUCAUUCUAACAAUUUGAGAGUUGACUUAAACAUAAACGUGCUUGUGGACAUCCUUCUAAAAGACUGCACGGCGGUAAACUACAUUGAGCAGAAGAUAAAGUCAAUUAAUCUUCCUAAUGUAGAGGACACACAUUACAUAGAACUAAUAUUUGGAAUUACAAUACCAUGUUAUUUCAAAAUACAUAAUGUAAAGUUAAAAAAUCUUUGGAAUCUGAAAAGGACGGAAGAUGCAGUUAUAUCCAACGUAGGACGAAUACAAAAUAUACAAGCUGGCUUUGGAUUUUCCGCGGUUAAUUUUUAUUGUAAUUAUCAGCUUGCAAUUACCUUUAUCCCGUUCAGUGGCAGUAUACUCGGAACUAUUGAUGGAUUAUCAAUAGCGACAAAACUAAUCAUUGAUUAUGAUAAAGCGUGCGAUGUGAAUUUAGAGUACGUCAAAGUAAAAAAUGGCAAAGUCGUUUUAUUAGAAAUUACUGGUUUAGGUCUAUUCACUGGUUUAGUAACCAAUCAACUCACUUGUACAAUGAAUACCGAAUUACCCAACAAAAUUGAAGAAAUCACAGAAGAUAUCAGGAAGACUAUUGAACAGCAAAUUAACAAUUUCAUUUAUGAAAAUUAUAGUAUUGAAGUCCGUCAAUCAUAAUCAC